CUCACAAUUUGAAUUUCUGCAAUCCAGCAAGUAAAUCAAAACCUCCCUUAAUCAUGAGUGCCUGUGCAGUGCCUGUAGGAUCUACAUUUGGAAAAACCAAGGAGACCGCCAAGAUAGUCAUUAUAGGAGCUGGCGUCUCAGGAAUCGCUGCUGCCAUCAGACUUCUAGAACAGGGAUUCAAGAAUGUCCAGAUUUUCGAGGCGGAGGAUCGCAUCGGGGGUCGCAUAAACACGAUCCCAUUUGCAAGUAGCUUCAUCGAUCUGGGAGCUCAGUGGUGCCACGGGGAAGAGGGCAAUGUGGUCUUCGAGAAGGUCAAGGACCUGGAUGUCCUCGAUAGGACCGGUGAUUUCGCUGUCUACUUUGUGCGCUCCAACAAAGAAAUCCUCUCCGAGGACCAGGCCAAGGCUAUCAAGGAAUUCAUGGACGAAAUCGAGAUUGACCCAGGCUGUGAGGGAUCCGUGGGAGACGCCAUCACCGAUAGCUAUUGGAAAGAGGUGGGCCAGCAGUUGGUUCCCAACGAUAAGGUCGUCGCCAAGGAGGCCCUGGACUGCAUGAAGAAGUACAUUUGCACUGAGGAUGCCUGCGAUCACCUCUCCGAACUUUCGCCCCGAAACUAUCUGAAUUAUGAACAAUGCGGAGGAGACCAGAAUCUCAGCUGGCGGCAAAAGGGCUACUGGAAGUUCUUGAGCGUCCUGCUAAAUGCUAGCGAGGAACAGCCUGGUGACCAGGGAAUCCUUAAGGGACACGUGCACCUCAACAGGCGGGUUGCUGAGAUCAAUUGGUCGGGAGACGGCGAUUUGACCCUUCGCUGCUGGAACGGCCAAAUAGUCUCAGCGGAUCAUGUCAUCUGCACCGUCUCCCUGGGAGUUCUCAAGGAGAAGCACCAGAAGCUCUUUGUGCCGGCUCUUCCGGCUGCCAAGGUUAGGUCCAUCGAGGGUCUCAAGCUGGGCACUGUGAACAAGUUCCUCAUGGAGUUCGAGGAGCAGCCGAUGCCGGAGAACAUGAGGGGCAUCGCCUUCCUCUGGCUGGAGGAGGAUCUCAAGGAGCUGCGGGGUGGCCAGUUCUUCUGGCUGGAGAGCGUCUGCAACUUCCAUCGUGUGGAUCGCCAACCGCUAUUGCUGGAGGGCUGGAUCAUCGGGGCCCAUGCCCGCUAUAUGGAAACCCUCAGCGAGGAGAAGGUCCUCGAGGGUCUGCUGUGGCUCUUCAGGAAGUUCCUCAAGUUCAACGUGCCCCAUCCCAAGAACUUCUUGCGCUCCCAGUGGCACUCCAAUCCUAACUUCCGGGGCAGCUAUAGCUUCUACCCCACCUAUGCCGAUGAACUUCGCACAGGACGCACCGACUUGGGGUCACCUCUGCUGCAUGUCUCGGGAAGACCCAGGAUCCAAUUCGCCGGAGAAGCCUCCAGCCGUAGGCACUUCUCCACGGUCCACGGAGCCACUGAGUCAGGAUGGCGCGAGGCCGAUCGCCUCAAUGAGUUCUACAAAGGACGAGCUGAGAACUAAGGCAACCUCAAAAGCGAAUUCUUUCUCGAAAUCAAUUAAACCAUUCGAAUUGUUAAUCUGUACAUACAGCCAAAUGGUUCAGUAAUUGGCAUUUAUUCUGUACCACCAAGAUCUACACACUUUUUCGGAUUGAUAAAUAAAUUUUCCCAUUGAUAAAUAAAUCGCUGAGCCCAAA